GAUGAUAAGAUUAACUUCUAUUAAUCAACGUAGAGGGCUUGGUGAGGAGGGUGAGGAGUUAUGUCCGGCCUUUCCUGUGUCAUCCUCCGACUGUGCCCUCUUUACCCGGUAGACUCUGGCCCUCCCUAGGGACACAAGGACAGGCUUUGUGCCAGGCUUGGAUGCGGGUAGGACAGAGAACACUCAGAAGAAGUUCCUCAAACCUGUGUCUCAGAGAUGAGAGCUCAGGAGGACCCCAGGAGCCCAACACAGCAUGAGUCCCUGGGUUCGGCAGAGACUUCCACCAGGGACCAGCAGACACCCUUGACCAUGGAGCCCAAGUUUGACAUGUUGUACAAGAUUGAGGAUGUGCCGCCAUGGUACCUGUGCAUCCUGCUGGGCUUCCAGCACUACCUGACAUGCUUCAGCGGCACGAUCGCCGUGCCCUUCCUCCUGGCUGAGGCGCUGUGUGUGGGCCGCGACCAGCACAUGGUCAGUCAGCUCAUCGGCACCAUCUUCACCUGCGUGGGGAUCACCACUCUCAUCCAGACUACAGUGGGCAUCCGGCUGCCACUGUUCCAGGCCAGUGCCUUUGCAUUUCUGGUUCCAGCCAAAGCUAUCCUGGCCUUGGAGAGGUGGAAGUGUCCCCCAGAAGAGGAGAUCUAUGGUAACUGGAGUAUGCCCCUGAAUACCUCUCAUAUCUGGCAUCCUCGGAUUCGAGAGGUCCAGGGUGCAAUCAUGGUGUCCAGCAUGGUAGAGGUGGUGAUUGGGCUGAUGGGGCUGCCUGGGGCCCUGCUCAGCUACAUUGGGCCUCUCACAGUCACCCCUACUGUCUCCCUCAUUGGUCUCUCUGUUUUCCAAGCUGCUGGUGACCGAGCUGGCUCCCAUUGGGGCAUUUCAGCUUGCUCCAUUCUACUGAUCGUCCUGUUCUCCCAGUACCUACGCAACCUCACCUUCCUGCUGCCCAUCUACCGAUGGGGCAAGGGUCUCACCCUCUUCCGCAUCCAGAUCUUUAAGAUGUUUCCGAUCGUCCUGGCCAUCAUGACCGUGUGGCUGCUCUGCUACGUGCUGACCCUGACGGAUGUGCUGCCUGCAGAUCCCACAGCCUAUGGCUUCCAGGCACGAACGGAUGCCCGAGGGGACAUCAUGGCUAUCUCACCCUGGAUCCGCAUCCCCUACCCAUGUCAGUGGGGCCUACCCACAGUGACGGUGGCCGCAGUUCUGGGAAUGUUCAGUGCCACCCUGGCAGGCAUCAUCGAGUCCAUUGGUGAUUACUAUGCUUGUGCCCGGCUGGCUGGUGCACCGCCCCCUCCAGUACAUGCUAUCAACAGGGGAAUUUUCACUGAAGGCAUCUGCUGCAUUAUCGCCGGGCUACUGGGCACAGGCAACGGGUCCACCUCAUCCAGCCCCAACAUUGGGGUCCUAGGGAUUACUAAGGUGGGCAGCCGCCGAGUUGUGCAGUAUGGUGCAGGCAUCAUGCUAAUCCUGGGUGCCAUUGGCAAGUUCACAGCCCUCUUCGCCUCACUCCCAGACCCCAUCCUGGGAGGAAUGUUCUGCACCCUUUUUGGUAUGAUCACCGCCGUGGGACUGUCCAAUCUGCAGUUUGUGGACAUGAACUCCUCCCGCAACCUCUUUGUGUUGGGGUUCUCUAUGUUCUUUGGCCUCACGCUGCCCAAUUACCUGGAUUCCAACCCAGGUGCUAUCAACACAGGCAUUCCUGAACUGGAUCAGAUCCUAACUGUGCUGCUGACCACGGAGAUGUUUGUUGGCGGGUGCCUUGCUUUCAUACUGGACAACACAGUGCCAGGGAGCCCAGAGGAAAGAGGCCUGAUACAGUGGAAAGCUGGAGCCCAUGCCAACAGUGACACGUCAGCCAGUCUGAAGAGCUAUGAUUUCCCCUUUGGGAUGGGCAUGGUCAAAAGGACUGCCUUUUUCAGAUACAUUCCUAUCUGCCCAGUCUUCAGAGGGUUUUCUAAACAGUCAAAAACUCAGCCUCCAGUUCUGGAACACACUCCAAACGCCACAGAAACUGGGUCUGUGUGCACCAAGGUCUGAGACCAACCAGGAAAGGUGACACUGGAUGUAACAGGAAAAGAAAACUACACAGGACACAGAAGACCUGAGUUGGAAAUCUCAACUCUGCCUGUUCCAAAUUUCCAUGUAAGCUUGGACAAAUCAGCCUCUCCAAGACUCCAUUUCCACAUCAGCUUAGAAAACAACGGAAGAGUAAGGCCACAUUCUCUAAGCACUCUGGAGACUCAUACCAGCAUUAUUCUGUUCCUCACUUCUACUUUCCUAAGCAUACAUGUCAAUGUAAAGGAAAAAGAGCUAGAAAUUCUCUACAUUUGACUUGCGAGUUGAUAAAAAAGAAACCAGAAGAUUCCAGGGGUAAAUGUAGACAUGCAGGUAGGCUCUUUUUUUUUUUUUUUUUUAAAUUGAAUUUAAUUCCAAUGUCAUGUAUUUUAAGACCAAAACAUAAUACUAUAUAACACAUUGGACCAAUAAGUUAGAUAAAUUGAGAUAAAUAGUCUCUAUUCCCACAGGGGAAAUAAAUUUACAUUUUAAUUAAAGAAUGUUCUAGGCCUGGGCUUGACCUUCAGCAUUACAUACAUACAAACAAAAACCCUUAAGAGGAAGAUGAGCGAGCAUGGUUUAAUUGUACAACCCAGAAGCCUUGACUAUAUAAGCUCCUGGCAGCUAGAGAAGUCUAAGAAUGAAUUAAUCUCAAAUAGUCUGAGUUAAACAAAUCAGUUUCUGUGUUACAGAUUUACGCAAAAUCUAGGUUAUAUAUUAAGCCUAGCAAAGCCUUUAUUCAUCAGUAUUAUUUGACACAACUAAUGUAGCCAUAAGCAAAUAUGCUGAGAUCAGAUUGAGAUUAUAUACCUGUUCAGCUGGGUUACUGUUAUUUACUGCAACAAAGAUUAUACCACAAUGUAAAUUUCAAGGCUUUCUGUAUUGUCCUUUAGCUGCAGAAUGGUUUCCAAAAGCCUGAUGGGGAGGAUGACUCUAAAAUAUCUCCUUGGGAUGCUUAAAACCUGAUUCUUCAGGUUUGGGUGAUUAUAAUGAACAGCUUAGUAAAUGAAUGCACAGUGAACAGACAACAAUGGAGAAAUUCCAGACAAUUCUCUUGGCCAGAAAAACCAGAAAAAAAUUGUAAUUUCUAAAUCUUGUGGCGCAUGGUGGCUCAUGCUCAUAAUUCCAGGUCUUGGUAGACUGGGGCAUGAGGACUGCUUUAAGUUUGAGGCUAGUCAGGGCUAAGCAUUGCGUUUCAGGUUGGAUUGUGCUAGAGUAAAACCCUGUUUCAACCACCCACCCACCUCACGAAACAAGAAAAUCUUUUAUCUUAAUUUUAGUAAAAGACUCAUCAGGUUCUACUUUGGUGACGAUGAGAACUUUAUUGCAGGCACAUCACCAGUGACAACACUGAGGAUAAGUAAGAAUACGAAUCUAGCUUUGCAUUCUUUAUCUGCCAAGAGCUUGUAAAAAUAUCUCAAAGAAAUCCAAUCAAGAGAUCUUAGAAAUUUUAUCAGAUAAAAAUUUCCAAAUUUUACCAAAUAUUUAGGUAACAAAGAGCAAAACUUUCCAUCAAGAUAUAAUCAAGUCAUAUGGUAAUACUGUAAGUUACUGGACUACUCCAAGAUAUUUAAAUACUCCAAAGGCAACAUUAAGUUUAAUGCAACAUCAAUGUUGGAAGCAACAAUGAGUUAUCCUAUAUAAAUGAGACUAGGGGGCCUCUACUUCCACUCUUAAAAAAAGUGGGAAAAUCUUCAAAGGGAAAGAGAUGUGGAACUCUUCUUAAAUAAGAGUGUAGCUGGAUUUUCCGCUUAUGGGAAGGAUGAGGUAGGGUCUAUAAAGAUGAGAAAUGACU